CGAUAUGACCCCGGCGCCAUUGUGGCACAACUCGGUCGUACGUCUUCUCCUGCUCGGUACGCUGGACGACGGAAGCUCGCUGCGUGGACUGCGAGGCCAAAACGAUAUUCUCAAGACCAUCGUCGACCAUCUCCGAGCGAUCUGGCGGGCGCAACUCCGAACUGACCAGCGCGGCUACGUCCCACUUGGCAAUGUAUUUCUGCCCUUUGACACACCACGCGACACACCGAUCCCGCACCGCUCUCAACUCGUUACCUUUCCACCGCCGCUCACGCACAUUGUCGAUGGCGAGAGGCAGCCUCAGCCCUUCCAGGUCAACAUGAUGCCCUUCAUCAUUGGCCAAGCCGAGGCGACACUACCGCCCGAGUGCCAGCGCUAUGCACCGCUGCUCAACCGCUGUCGCCACCACAACGAGAACGGUCAAGUAGGAUACCUCACGAUCCACGAAGGCAUCGUCGAGGCCGACACCUCCCAACGUCGCCCGGGACUCCACGUCGAAGCGCCGUCCGCUGCCAAGCUCCAGCGCUUUCUGGGCGCUGGCGAAGCGCACCACGAGUGGGCUGAGAUUCGCUGGGGACGUGGCUGGGUUGUAUACCACCAACUCCAAGGUGGUAUCUAUAUGGCUUCCACGGUUGCCAAGUCUUGCGGGGUCUGGAACACGGUCGUUGCGGACGAGAACGAUAUUGUCGGUGCUCAUGGGGACACGGACGUGCUCCACGGUGUCUUGGACCCCGACCGUGAUGGGUACUACGAGCCGCAAGCCAACGAGCUGUACUGGAUCACGGACCGGACGCCACACGAGUCCCUUCCGGUGGCCACGACGCAAUUUCGGCAGUAUUUCCGCUUCGUCACGAGCAACGUCUCGCACUGGUUUGCAGAGCACUCGACGCCCAACCCACUGGGCAUUCAGCCCACAGCCACGAUCGUCUACGGCAACAAGUUUACGGGCAACCUGAGGACCGAGUAGUGGCGGUGCAGUGGUCAUUGCUCGUGCAACUGUAGUCACGCAUUUAAAACGCUUUACAUGAACCAAGUUCAAUUCA